AGCAGAGGCAUUUUUCUGCCCGAUCUGCGCUGCUCCCGCCGUGAGGAGGGGAUUUAUCCCCCGCACGGUGAGCGGGGCGCGGCGCUUCCAAGGAGAGGCUUUUCCACCGGCUCUGGCAGAGCAAAGAGCCCGCUGGCUUCACAAGGACAAAUCCUGCCUGGUCUUGACCAAUUGCUUGCAAAAUACGAAUGCUUAAGGAUGUCAGGAUAAUUUAAGGAAUAUUUAAGGACAACCUUUCCAGCUAUUAACGAAGAAACAAAAGGGCUAAAAAAAAAAUGCCUCCUGGCUCGUGGAAAGCAGGAUCUCGAGGGAGGCAGCAGUGGGAGUGUGAGUGAGGGUUUCACAGUCUGCUCCCCAGCCGGCUGCCAGGGGAGCUGAGCUGGUGCUUCUCAGCAGGGAGAGAGAUAAAUGCUGAAUUUCUCACACCACAACAGAGAAUCCCUCAGGGAAAGGCACCUCCAGCAUGGCCCAGAAAAGCCAAACUGGCGGGACUGGGAAAAAUGGGUCCUCCCUCCUCUACUGUAAGAGUGAUUUAAAGGAAGAAUCCCUGCAGUGGGUGACAGAACCCCUCAAAGACCAGGUGCUCCUGGUGCUCAGCAUGGACAACACCUGCUCCACCUCCUCCUUUGACAUGGAGCUUUGUGCAGAGAAGCUGAAGGCCCUGGGGGUCCAGGUGCCAUUGGAUCAGUGGAAAGACUUGAUCCAGGAUGGUGUCCUGAAGCCUGAAGUGAGGAGGUACAUGUUCUACAACUCGCGGGCAUUCCAGAUUGCCAUCGCCGUGAUUUUCUACAUGUCUCUCUGGACAAACCUUUACUCCACGGUCCAGCUGUCUUCCUUUGGACGCUCCUGGGUGUCCAGUGUGCUGGUGACCCUGGCUGCUGUGGCAGUCACUGUACUGGUCAUACUGGUCAUUGAUCGGCGCCAGAGGAAGAUAAACGUGAACACAGAUGUGAGGCUGGCAGCUGUCAAUGAAAUCUUUAUCAAGCACAGUUUAAUUCUGGGGAUUACAGAUGUCCUGGAGGGGCCACACAACAUCCUACAACUGUGGUUUGUGCACUUCAGCCCCGAGCGCUGCCUGCGGGCCCUGUCCUCCCACCUCACCCACCUGCAGAGCACUGCACAGGCAGGAUUGAGGCACAGGCUGGACAAGCUCUGUGUGGUCAUGGAGGCAGCAGUUCAGCCCGACCUGGGGACAGAGGAUGAGGAGGCUCCACGUGAAGAGUCCCCUCUUUUAUCCACUGGGGAGAACCUGAAUAAAAAGCCUGUGACAUGCAAUGAGCUGCUCUGCCUCGUCCCUGAGGGCCCACCAGAGGCCAUGGCCCAGCAGCUCCUGGUGAUCUUCAGCGGGUUCUACGUCCGGCUCCUGGUCACGGGGCAGCUCCCUGGGGCCGUGGCAGGGGGGCACCUGGAGCACAGCACCGUGCCCUGUCUGUGCCAGUUCAUCCAGACCACCGUGCUCGACUCACACCAGGGCUGGUUCAGGGGCAGGUGACCCCCAGAGGGGGCUGGAAAACACCAAAAUAAAAGCUGUCCCUCCACA